ACUAUGAUUGCACGAUAGAAGCAUACCUACCUAAUCAAAGACAGAAGUAUGAUAGAAGUUUGCUGUUAAUAAUACAGUCAUGGCUAGGAGACCUUAAAAUUUAUGGCCAUGUGAUUGAGAUUUCUGUCAUUUUUUGAGCAAAAAUUCCGUUCUCCAUUAUUAGAAAUAACUAAAGUUUGACGUGGAAGUGAAUGACAGUAAUCCGUGGCAAGUCUCAUAAAAAAAUGUGGAAACUUUUAUCAAAAAUCCAGAAUAUGUGUUGAUAAUGGGAAACUUUGGUGCUAAAAACUUAUCCACGUCGCUAUUCCACUGCACGCUGUGGAAGUCGGACACCAGCCCGGCGUGCCGCGCCGUCAUGAUGGGCCUCGAUGCUAUGAACGUCACCCUCACAGAAGUCGAUGUCAACAUGGACAAGGCUGAGCAUCAGGCUCCCGAUCUUAUUGCAAUGAAUCCACGUCAAACUUUACCGAUUUUGAAGGACGGAGAGUUUAUAUUAUGCGAUAGUCACGCUAUAAACACUUACAUAGCUUCACGUUAUUGCGAUUGUGAAAAAUUACUACCCACUAAUCCAGCCGGUCGCGCGAUAGUUGACCAACUGUUGCACUAUGAUAGCGGGAUACUUUAUCCACAUUAUCGCUCUUGUGCUUACCCAAUUUUAUACGAAAACAGCCGAUUCGUAAUGCACCAGCAAAUAAAAGAGGUAGAAAAUGCGUAUCGAGAGCUGGAGACGAUGCUGAAAGGCCGUUCGUGGUUCAGUGGUGCCAACAUGACCCUUGGGGAUAUCGCUAUCAUGGCUACCGUCAGCACACUGCACGUUUUAAUACCGGUGGAUAAAAACAAGUUUCCUGUUUUAUUAAGCUGGAUGUUCCGAAUGUCUAAAGAACCUUUUUACACGACAGGAAAUCUCAAAGGGCUUAAUGAAUUCACUAAAAGAAUUGAUACUGGUAAUGUACUUGACUCAAAAGAAAAUAAACGCCCGCGAUCUUCACUGACGAGACGAUCAACAGGUGGCAAGUUGGCUGAAACGUAGGUAAUACUUUCAAAUCAUUCAUCUACUUAAUUUCCUAUCUUAUUUUAUGUUUAAAAUAAAAUAUUUUGUGGACUA